AUGUCUCAAUUCACACACGCCUUCAAUACUCAAUAUCAGAAUCUGGUCGAGCAGUUCGCGACGCGCCCACGAGCAGCAGCAGCGACAACCACCACCGUCGCGCUCAGCCUGUCUCUUCUCUGGGUCAUCACCGACUUCAACGCCUGGAAGUCCUUCGGCACGGGAGGCACACCGCCAACAUGGGCGGGCUACUGGCGAAUGACCAAAAUCCGAUUCAACCGCCUGCUGCUGUUCGGCAAGGAUAAUCUGACCGACCCGACACCGCUAUCGACCAGCGGGCCGGCAUAUCUCGACGCCGGCGAAAUCGAGCCCAGAGAGGGCGACAGGCCGAAACUGAUGUCGCGCACGAUGCCGCAGCGUCAGGUCCCGUAUGCCAAGGGAACCGUCGAUGCUGGCGUCGAAGAGCGGACCUUGAAGCUGAUUCCCAGUCUCGCGGCCAAGUAUCCCGAUCUUCUAGAACUGCGACCCAGCAAGACGGAAGGCGGGUCGACGGAUGCUAUUUACGCAAAGGAGUCGCUGGCUACGCUCAACGACAAGGCCAAGGGUGGUGGCAUGCUCGGUACUGAAAUCGCACACGCCCAUCCGCGAGAAGGGUCUUUGCACGUCUGGCUUACGCAGCGGGAUGCGAGGACUGUUGUCGAAAAGGGCUACGGUGAGAGAUUUCCACUCGUCUUCAUCGAUAAGGGAUGGACGAUGGUUUAUGCUCCCAGGACUCAGAAGGAGGUUGAUGUUGUGGAGUUGAUCAUCAAGGCUGGAAUUGCGAAUAUUGCUGGAGUGGAGGUCUAG